AUGUGUAAAACUCACUCAUCACCAUGUCCACCAUGCGAUUUAAAAUCAAUAAACUGUUUCAUUUUAUGGCCACCAAUUGCAAUUCUUGGAACAUGUUCUGCUGAUCAGACAUGGAAGGCUUGUUAUAGUUCGAGCGAGCUAACAAGCUGCUGCUGUGCGCCGAUGAUUCCAACAACUCUUGAGCCAUCAGUAAUAACCAGAGGACCUUCAAAUAUUCAGUGUCCACCUUGUGUAUCGAAAUCUAGCAAUUGUUACUUUACAGAUCCUUAUAUUCCAUCUCUUGGCUUCUGCUUGGCUGGAUAUGAUUUUUAUGGAUGUUAUGAAUUAUCGGGUGAUAUCACAAAUUGUUGUUGUAAACUUAAUAUUCAACCAGAUUGUACAACUGCAGAUUUAGAGGCUAUAAAGUUUUAA